AUGGAUGCCUGCUGUGAUGCCUACUGUUGCCUUCUGGCUCCCUCCUCCAUUUUCUUCAUGCAAGACUCCAUUGCAGCCACAUUCAAGGACAAAACUGACAUCAACGAUACGCUCAGUGACAUCCGAAAUGGUAGGAAAUCUUUUGAUGACUUCCCAAUGAUGAACGUGGUGCAACUUAUUGAUAAGAAAGAUAUUCCGGAAGAGGAAUGGGAUCGAAAGUUUACAACUCAAACUCAUGGCCAAAGUGUAAAAAUUCGACAUAGGGGUCGUAAUGUGGACAAUUCUGAAUCUGGUUUUAAUUCAGAUGAAUGCAGUUCUGACGAAUCAGAUGGAUACGAGUGCCCUGUAGAUUACUGUGAUAGAGUUUGCGAUACCGCCAGAGCGUUACAACAACAUCAAGAAUCAAAGGGUCAUUUCGUAUAUGAUUCCGAGUCUGACACGGAAGGUUACGAGUCCCCUGUAGAUUAUUGCGAUAGAGUUUGCAAUACUGCCACAGCGUUACGGCAACACCAAGAAUCAAAGAGUCAUUUCGUAAAGGAUUCCGAGUCUGACACGGAAGGUUACGAGUCCCCAGUAGAUUAUUGCGAUAGAGUUUGCAAUACUGCCACAGCGUUACGGCAACAUCAAUAAUCCAAGGGUCAUUUUGUAUAUGAUUCCGAGGCUGACACAGAAAGUUAUGAUUGCCCGGUAUAUCAUUGCAAUAGAGUUUGCAAUACCCGCAGGGCGCUUCAACAACACAAAAAUGCACCUAGCAUUUUUAAAUCUGAAAGGCAAGCUUAUUGCCAUAUACCUGUUUAAGACUUAGGAAUAGGAGUAUUGUCAUGUAUAUUCUUAUGGUUCAACAUUUAUGUAGCUAAACGUGCUAAAUGCUUGAGGAAGAAUCACUUGUUGUUUGUUGCAAUAUAUAGUCAUAUGUAGGAAUUACAAAUAAUGUUUUUGCUUCAUUUCAAUUUCCAGCAAUAGCAUGCAUUGAUGAACCUUUCAUUUAUUUCACAUACACAAAGGCACUUAAAUAAAAAUAAUAAGAGGGAAUUCUGUCUCUCGCAAAUAAACUCCCAAGUGUGAAACAGCGAGAAAACGUGUACAUGUGUGACUAAACCACAUGCGUUAUUCAUUGAAACAUUUUUUUUAAUUCAAU